AUUUUUGCAGUUUUUUAUAUGCAUUAAAGGAGAGGUUAUUUAUGUCAUUUAAAUACUAAACGGUAAACAUGAACCAAAGCAAGCUUGGAAUCUGCUCUCUUCUCCAGUUCUCCUCCCAAACUUUCCCCUUUGCUUUCUUUCCUUAAACUCAAAGUCUCCUCCUCUUCCUCUUCUUCUGCUUCAUUGGCUUCUAGAUUCCUUUCUGCAAGAAACCGAUUUCAAGGCAAAGAAAAGGUCAUCUCUGUUCUUCAAUGGAGGAUGUAGACUCUCACUACAGAUCCCAACGACUGGGUUCUGAGGUAGGACCUCCAACUCCAAUUGCAGCAACUCCCGAAUUUAUCAAUCAAACUAUACGGACCGGAAGCUGGGAGCUUCUCCAUCUUCUCUUCGUUGGUAUUGCCGUCUCUUAUGGCCUAUUUAGUCGACGAAAUGUCGAAACAGAGAAGGAAAGCCAGACAAAAAUAGAUAGUGCUCAGAGUUACGUCUCUAGAAUUCUUCAGGUUUCUUCGGUUUUUGAUGAUGAGGUCGAAAGUCCAUGUGAGUCUGAUGAGAACAAGAUCCAAACCUGGAACUCUCGGUACUUUCGUGGGGAACCCGUCGUUGUUGUUGAGCAAGAAACCCCUGCUCUUGAUGAGCUGAAAAGCACCAUCAGUGGUAUUAGUAAUAAACCACUUCUGCUGCCUGUUCGAAGCUUGAAACACCGGGUUUCACACCGGGAUGCUCUUGAAUCCACCGUUGAACCUCUUGGUUUAUCGUCGGCUUCGCUCAGCAGGUCCAAUUCAGGUUCAAAGAGUUCUACUAAAACCAGAAAUGGGGAGUUGGGUGGUUUGGAUCCUCUACAUUUGGAGGAGAAUUUGAAGGAAAGUGUUGUCCUUCCAUCCCCAAUUCCUUGGCGUUCUAGGUCGGGAAGAAUGGAAAUGAAGGAAGAAACAGUAGAUAUGACCCCUCCUCUGUAUUCUCUCCCUCCUUCAGUUCACGAAUCUGAUUUGGAUCCGCUCGAGUCAUGGUCCUUCCAAUCCCAAACGUCGUGGUCAUCUCGACCCAGUUCGACGACUUCCUCGCCGAAGAAGCUCUCUCCUGCUCCUUCACUUUCGCCAGAACUGCGAGGCAAGAGUGUGGAAGAAAUGAUGAAGAAGAAGAGCUUUUACAAAUCUUCUCCCCCUCCCGCCCCACCACCGCCACCUCCGUUCUAUCGAAAAUCUGCACUCUUGUCAUCGAAUUCUAGCUCAGCAAGCGAUGGGUCUUCUUAUGGGAAGAGGGGCGUGAGGAGAAGCAUGGAAGACGAAUUGAAGGAUUUUAAUAGGAAGAGGAUGAAGGAUAUGCGGAGCAGAAGCGACUUGGGGUCUGGCAGUUUCAAGUCUGAUAGUAAACCAAGAACUAAUAUUGAAAGAUCAUCAUCAAUGGGAAGAUCGCUUAGAACAAUUAAAGCAGGCGAGCCAGUUUUGGAGGCGAGGAAAGCUCGAGAAAGCAAUGAAGAACGAAUGGAUGACAAGGUUGUAAAAAGAAAGGUGGGAGGGCCGGAGCAACUUCCAGUUAUCACUGAAAAACCAAAGCCACCAAUGUCCAAAUAUCAAAUAGAGGAGAAUAAAGAAUUUCUGGACAAGGUUACUGUGGAAUCUGAUGAAGACUCUGAUAGUGAGUUUGACGACUUCGAAGAAAGCUUUGCCGAUGAAGAAGUUGCCUCCAACACUGGCACUAAGGCUGGGGGCGAUCCAAAUGAAGUGGACAAGAAGGCUUCAGAGUUCAUAGCCAAAUUCAGAGAGCAGAUUAGGCUUCAGAGGAUUGCAUCCAUCAAGAGAUCAACAGGGCAAGUCAGUAGUAGAAGCUCGUCAAGGUAAACUUGAAGCUUUUUCUGCCCUAUAAAAUUCAAAACAAACAAUAUAUGAAUUUGAAGUUUUUGUUUUUCUCCCACUUUCCCUUCUCUUUUAUGUUCAUAUUUGCCCACUUGGCUAUCAAGGUAAUUUUGAAAUUUAUAGCCAUGGGGACGAUAUGUGAAGAUGAUCUACAUGGGUUUACAUUCUCUGUAACCAGCAUCUAGAUUGGAGAAGUAAUACUACUGUUAUGUAUUUUCAUUCUGGUCGGUCAUGGCGGGUUGAUGCCUUUUGAUAUUUUGAACUGCUGUACUUGAACCACACAUCGUUUUAAAGAAUGUGAGUUCUUAUUCAGCUGCCUGCAACCUCAUUAAAAACCGAACUCCUUGACCUGUGUCUA